GGUAAUUGGCAGCACCUGGCUGAGCUUUACUACUCACUGCACAGACACACACAGACACAGACACACACACACAGUCUCUUGCUGUUUAACACGACAGAAAACAACUGUUACUUUUAACAUGCUUGAAUCAAAACUCCCCCAUUUGCUUAUAUUUUUUACCGCAUUGUUGAUGGUGAACAGUACGGAAAAUGAUGCUGACCAAGAUACGGAAGGUGGUGAAAAUGCAACAGCAGGCAGCUUGGGAACGGUUAAAAUUACCAAUAUGACUUAUUUUUCCUAUGGAUUAGCUGCAAAUGCGGUUGCUGUGCUGUUGUAUGGAAGCACCUAUGUUCCUCUUAAAAGAGUAGAGACUGGAGAUGGUAUGUUCUUUCAUUGGGUAUACAGUGCAGCACUAUGGGCUGUAACCUUGGUUGGAGACAUAAUGCUUGGCUCGCCCAAAUUCCAUCCUUUUGCAAUGCUUGGAGGUGUCCUCUGGGCUACAGGCAAUAUAAUGGUUGUUCCAAUUGUGAAAACGAUUGGCCUCGGCCUGGGGACUCUGAUUUGGGGCUCUUGUAGUUUGUUGAUGGGCUGGGGAACUUCACGGUUUGGCUUGUUUGGGAUUACUGCAGAGGAGGUUUCCAGGCCAAUAUUAAACUAUUGUGGAGCAGGGAUGUGUCUUCUAAGUGGCCUUAUCUUUUUCUGUGUGAAAACAAAUGUGGAACUGCAUCCAAUCUCUGAAUCAAUCCCAUUACUUCUUGAGAGGAGAAUAAAUUCGAGCAGCUAUUGUCCGAGUUCCUCCGACUUCUGGAUAGACAUCAUCGGAUUGAAGACCAGGCGUUUCGUAGGCUACCUGCUUGCUGUUGUGUCGGGCCUGCUGUACGGCUCCGUCUAUUCGCCCGUCCUCUACAUUAAGAGCCAUUCAUCAUUCCGAGACAGCAUGUUCUACGGAGCCAGUGACUAUGACCUCGACUAUAUUCACUCGGUGUGCUCUGGUAUUCUUGCUACAAGCACCGUGUACUUUGCCAUCUACUGUAUUGCCAUGAAAAACAGGCCCAGAGUCUACUCCAGAGUCAUCCUACCAGGUAUUUUCUCUGGAUUGAUGUGGGCAUCGGCCACAUACUGCUGGUUCCUGGCCAAUACCUACCUGAGUGCUGUCGUUACCUAUCCUAUUGUCACCGCCGGAUACGGUCUGGUUGCGGCUCUGUGGGGAUCCUUGGUGUUCAAAGAGAUUAGGGGUUUAAGCAACUGUUUAAUCUUCUCCUUGGCGUCCGUUGUCGUGCUGACCGGCUCCGUGCUGUCCGCCAUCUCAAAGAUCUAAUAAAGCGGAAGACCGUCGUGUAAAAACAUCAAGAAAAGGCCAAAUUCAUUCAUCACAAACAAUGUGCUUGGUUUUAUAAAACCCCUUGAAAUCCCAUUAAAUGACUGUAAAGCUGUCUUUAGAAAAAAACAUGGAAAUGGUCCUUUUUGAAUUCUCCUAGCUAACAUUUGGUGAAAGCUUCCUAUACAGAAAUGCCCUCAUGGCUGUUAAAAGAGGAGUAUACUGUCAAACUUUUACUUCACAAAUCAUGCUAUUAAAACAUCUUGGAUAAUGACAUCACUGUGUGUUGCGCUUAAAAAUAUCCCUUUUUUAUAGGCAGUCUUUUAUGUUUCUGUCCACACCAGUGGUUCUCCACAGCUCAUGGCCUCAUGCCCAUCUACUCCCCAUGGAGCUCGGUGUGUGUGUGCAGUGUUGUGACAUGAAAGCAGUGUGCUCUUGAUUAAUUUGUAUCGUGCACCGGGGAGAAUAUAGUUGAUAACACACAUUUUACAUGAGUCCUCUCUGAAUAAUGAUAUGGGGUUAAUGAAAUCAAGAAGGAGAAUGUCUUACUGAUCUUAAACUAUGUCAAUCAAAUGUGAGUAGAUGUUACAAA